AUUACCGCCAGAUGAUUAGGUUCCUUGGUCUUACUUGCCCUGCUGGUAUCGCCAUCUCGGGCUAGAAGGAACCUCCCCAGGAUUACACUGCAAGAAAUCAUCGCAUGCCCUCGGUUUCGCAUGUCCUCAAACCACCGCUCGUAUCUCAAAGACAUUGCAUAUUGCAAACAGUACUAUACGCUUUUAGCCUUCUCCUACCAUCGCCCCAGACUCUCUCGCGGACCUUCGCCCAAAGAGGUUCGCGACGUGCCAAUCCGAGCUGCGACGCGCCAAUCCGAGCUACGACGCCAGCCUCUCCCGUCUUGUCAAUAAUGCCUCGGUACCCAGGGAGGCUCCUACUCCAGAUCAUCCUCGGGCGAGAUUGGUGGCAAGAAUACACCUCGAGCCGGCCGAGACUUGGCAAUCUGAACGGGUCAAUGUUCAUGUUCUGGCACGCGCCGCGCCAUGUUGCGGGGGGAAUAUACCGGUUCUGUGCGGGAAUAGCAGGGCGCGAAGAGUGGAUAACCUGGCGUUGGGAGCCCUCGCCUCGCCUCGGGAUGUAUGCCCUUGUGUUUAUCACCGCCGUCACCGUUGAACCUGCAGCGGUCGCGGCUUGCCGCUUCGCAUUCGACUUUUGCUAGGAACUAGCGGUGUUGACGAUCGUUUCACUUUCGUAUGGCGGUCGGUGACAACAUGUCGCGAUGGACGAGACUUGGAACAUGGCGUGUAGCGGUUUUGAGAGCAAGGAUGUUUCACCAGCGAGUCACCAGCGUCGAGCGAGGUUAGGUCGUUUGUCCAUGAUCGAAUCCACUUAAAACAUAUUCGCGGAAGGGUGAUGCUCUUUGUUCCUCCAUCGCUUUACCAAGUUGUCCUUUGGUGUUACAGACGCAGUGUCGCCGGAUCGUCGGAGGCCAUUGGGCUAAGCUGACUCUUCUAGGGACUAUCCUGAUCAAGCAUCCGAGUCACUUCCAGUUUUGAUCCUUUCCCAUGUUGACGCUCGUGGCUCGACAACACAACGACUACUGGGCCUGUGCA